AUUUAGGAUUGGAUUGGCGUAGGAGAAAUGAUAAUUUAACCUAUAAUAAUUUAGUAAUAAAGUUAAACAAUAUGUCAGAAAAGUGUGCAGCUACGUUACAAGAAAUGGCAAAUGAUUAUACGGCCUUCGCAACAAUAGAUAUAGAUGCUGACUUAAAGGGUGUUCAUGAAACUGUAGAAGAAAUGCAAUUACACUUAGAAGAAUUUAUAUCAAUUCUUGGAAUGUUGCAGGCUAAGGGGGAUAAAGUAAUAACGGCAAACAUGUCGCGUUUUUUAUCAUUGCGACCGCAAGUGAACCAACUUUGCAAAAGAAUCGACGCCCUUGAUUACUUUAUAAGAAGGGUGAACAUAGAUCUUACCAUUCUCGAAACAAACAUGGAAAUAAUAGAGUCGACAUUUAAUUCUUCAGAUAAAAGAUAUCCCAUGUUGAAUCCCUUUUCCGUUUUUAAAAAGUCAACACCUAAUCUACCGUCACUAGCUAUUUAUCAAACACCGAAAAUUUUAAAAAUUGAAGAUUAUUUUAAGAGUAAUUCAUAAAAAUGUUUUAAUAAUUUA